CAUUUUCCCGAAAUCUUUCACACGUUUUUUGGCAUAAUCUGAAUUCCCUUUUUUGAUAAUCUCGCUUAUCUGUGCUGGUUUGCUGGUGUCACGCGUGGAUGUAAUUUUUUUGCGGGAAACUCAGUGAAAUUUUCUUAUUUCGAUUGUUUCCUGUUAUAACGCAUCGACAUGGAUCCCGGCAUGGCAGGAUUUUUCAUGGGAGGUCCCGGUGGUGAUGCACCAGCAAGCAGAAAACCGAAGUACCAAGGACGGUUUGCUGUUUUCCGAGAGAUAUAUGACGAUCCUUUUAAAUGGGGCUUGAUCAAAGGAGUGGUUGUGUUUGCUGGAGGGAUUUAUCUUGCGAGAAAACUGAGAGGAUUCGACGUGAUGCAGGUUGUCCAACCACCUCCUCCCGGAAUGUACCCGCAGUUUUAAUUUGUGUGAAUAUUAAGUUGUGCCGCUGCGAACUGGAAGCUCUUUCAGUGCUGCGCUUCUCACUAAUGGAAAGUAUUCCGUUUUCAGUUUUGUUACUGUAACAGCAAAAUGCGGAAUGAUGCAACAGUUGUAGAUGCAUGAAUAUGAUUGAUUGUUUGCAUUGAUAUUGCGAGUGGAAAACUGCAUCCUUUCAACUACCUUUGUAAUUGUGUGAAUAGCGAGCAAAUAAACAGACUCGUUGCAGUG